UAGCUCUCGCCAUUGCCGCUGGUGGCAGGAGGCGGCGAGGAGCCGGCGCGGUCGCAGUCUCCACGGCGCAGGCCCGCGGUAGCGCAGCCGCUCUGAGUAUUUAUUCAUGGAGGAGCACGGAGUGACCCAGACAGAACAUAUGGCUACCAUCGAAGCUCAUGCCGUGGCCCAACAAGUACAACAGGUCCAUGUAGCCACUUAUACAGAACACAGCAUGUUGAGUGCUGAUGAAGACUCUCCUUCUUCUCCCGAGGACACCUCCUAUGAUGAUUCAGACAUCCUCAACUCUACAGCCGCUGAUGAAGUAACAGCCCACUUGGCUGCAGCAGGUCCUGUGGGAAUGGCGGCAGCUGCUGCUGUGGCAACAGGAAAGAAGCGAAAACGACCCCAUGUCUUUGAAUCUAAUCCUUCCAUCCGGAAGAGGCAGCAGACCCGGUUGCUAAGGAAACUGCGAGCCACUCUAGAUGAAUAUACAACUCGAGUGGGACAGCAAGCUAUUGUCCUAUGUAUCUCUCCCUCAAAACCCAACCCUGUUUUUAAAGUGUUUGGUGCAGCACCUUUGGAGAAUGUGGUGCGCAAGUACAAGAGCAUGAUCCUUGAAGACUUGGAAUCGGCCUUAGCAGAACACGCCCCUGCGCCACAGGAGGUUAAUUCGGAGCUGCCACCUCUCACCAUCGAUGGAAUUCCUGUCUCUGUGGACAAGAUGACCCAGGCUCAGCUUCGGGCAUUCAUCCCAGAAAUGCUCAAGUACUCCACAGGCCGUGGGAAGCCAGGAUGGGGGAAGGAGAGCUGUAAACCAAUAUGGUGGCCAGAGGACAUCCCAUGGGCAAAUGUCCGCAGUGAUGUCCGAACAGAAGAACAGAAGCAAAGGGUGUCAUGGACCCAAGCACUACGGACUAUAGUCAAAAACUGCUAUAAACAACAUGGGCGGGAAGAUUUGUUGUAUGCUUUCGAAGAUCAGCAAACACAACAGCAGGCUACAGCAACACAUAGUAUAGCACACCUGGUACCCUCCCAGACUGUAGUCCAGACCUUUAGCAAUCCUGAUGGCACUGUCUCACUUAUCCAGGUUGGUACAGGAGCAACAGUAGCCACUUUGGCUGAUGCUUCUGAAUUGCCCACCACUGUCACUGUUGCCCAAGUGAACUACUCUGCUGUAACUGAUGGAGAGGUAGAACAAAAUUGGGCCACAUUACAGGGCGGUGAGAUGACCAUCCAGACAACACAGGCUUCAGAAGCAACCCAGGCAGUGGCAUCAUUGGCAGAAGCAGCUGUUGCAGCUUCUCAGGAGAUGCAACAAGGAGCAACUGUCACCAUGGCUCUCAACAGUGAAGCCGCCGCCCAUGCUGUCGCCACCCUGGCUGAGGCCACACUGCAAGGGGGAGGACAGAUCGUCCUGUCUGGGGAAACCGCAGCAGCCGUAGGAGCACUUACUGGAGUCCAGGAUGCUAAUGGCUUGGUGCAGAUUCCAGUGAGCAUGUAUCAGACUGUGGUAACCAGCCUGGCCCAAGGGAACGGUCCGGUCCAGGUGGCCAUGGCCCCCGUGACGACGAGGAUAGCGGACAGUGCUGUCACCAUGGAUGGCCAGGCUGUGGAGGUGGUGACAUUGGAACAGUGACACUGAUCUGGAUCAUGGGGUCAUUUUCUACUCUACGACAAAGAAGUUUUUUACACGUUUGCAGAAGUGCAAUCAAGCGCCAUUAAGUCUCCCAACUUUGGAAGCAAGUUUUGUUAUCCUUUUUUUUUAAAAGGAAAAAAAAGGGGGGGGAGCAGAGGACACAUGAAAUGGCAUUUUUUUAAAAGCACCACUCUUGAUUUUCUGAUGCAGUGGAGUUAAAUUCAACACUGUUGAUUUCACUGUCCAGAAAAUGCCAAAUUGUGGCAGGACUCCUUUCUGCGGAAAACGUGUGUAUAUAUGUGUGUGUGUGUGUGUGUGCGUGUGUGUGUGUGCGUGCGUGUGUGGAAAAAUAUAUGUAUAUGUGUACAUAGGUAUAUACACAUUUACAUAUAUAUGAAAUAUAUAUAUGUGUGUAUAUAUGUAUAUAUAUAUAUGAGAAACCCACAUUAAAUUAGCUGUAUGAAAUCAAGGUGAGCUGUGGAAAAAGUAAUUCACCCAGUUUAGUGGGUGGUAGGUUACACAGCUAGACACAGUUGCUCUGCUAUAUGUUUCUUCUAGGGCCAUGCAUUGAGCUACUGACAGACUAGGCAGAGGUAGCCAUGCCUUCUGAGAAAGCUGCCCUAAGAGAGGCAGUGAAAUCUUUCUACUGGACUCACCCCAAGGAAAGGGAACGCAGAGUGGGGUGCAUUGGGAGGUGUCCACACACGGGCAGGGAUUGUGGCGAAAGCAGAGCAGAGGCAGGCACUCCUGGAGGCAGGGCCAGAUUUAACAGCACCCCAGGUGGGCUGGAGCCCCCUCCUCCACCUUCCUUGGAAACCUUUUUUUUUUUUUUUAAACAGCAAUUUCAAUUUUCCUUUGGUCAGCCCUGAUUUUGAUCUUAUCCAUAUGAACUGAAGAAUAGAAAAGAUAGAUAAGAUUUGAGGAAACUUAUGUAAGUGUUUGAGGGGGAGGGAGGGUGUAUGUAUGUGUGUGUAUGGGGGGGGGAACAAGAGGGGGAGAAAGAGGGAGAGAGUAAGUGUGUGUGUGUGAGUGAGAGAGAGAAGGAGGGAGGGAGAGGGAGAGAGAAAUCAAUUUUCAAGGAACAGGAGACAACAACUACCUUAAAUGUUUUCUUUCCUGCAACUUUGUGGCUUAAUAUUAAACCCCAGAACUGAAAGGUACGUCUGAUUCACAUAAGGUGUGACUGUUACUGAUGAUAUUGGGUCAGAGUAAAAGAAAACAAGUGAACCAAGGAUAGAGUGUGUGUUCCCUUCCCUCCAGGAUUUUGAUUCCCAUUCAUUUUCUUCUCUACCUAAGUGACUUUGGAGAUACGAAUGGAGGGUUUACAUUUGUACCCCAGGAUCCUGGACAACACAGGUCUCGUACCUGUCCCAGCCAGCCCUGUACAGCUUUCCUGCCCCUAACAGUGGUUGUUUGAUCUGUAUAUUCUUUUUACUCUUAAACACAAUUUCCCUGCUGCAAGCGUUGGAUUUCCAGUGGCAGAUUAUCACUUGAAUUCCCAGCAAGCCGAACCUCUGCUCCUUGAACACAGGAAUCCCUCUUCCUCUCUCUUCCCAGACCCUUUUCCCCCAGUGUGUGCAGCAGUGUAUGUAUUUAAUGUUUUUUUAAUACAACAUUAAGAGAUUCUUCAUGUCUUGCUCAGCCUUUGAGAAAGUUUCAGAUUCUCGGAUUUGCUUGUUUUAUAUGAAGCUUUCCGAUGUUCUUUGUAUGUUUUUUUCUGUACGUAUUGGGGGGAAGGGGAACAUUUACAUAUAAACAGUCCUAAGUCUACAGUUUGUUAUUUUUUUAAUUAUUAUUAUUAUAAUUAUUAUUAUUUUUUAUUGUCAUUGUGAAGAUGUCCAGUGGCUUUAAAGUCCUUGUUUCCUUUGUGGUGAAAUAACCUCCUGGUAGUUUGAGAGAUUGCCAAGAAGAUGGAAAAAAAAAAAAAAAAAAGCAAAAAUCCAGUAGCAGAGCAUGGAAUCUGUGUUGUUUUCCCAUUCUGUUUAUUACUGCCUCAUUCAAUAAAUAGUUACAGAUGUGGCUACAGGAAGAGGGGAUGUGAAUUGUCUCUGGUGGGUGGGGAGUCGUGGGACAGAUCUUGGCCUCUGAGACAAAUAAACUACCUUUUAGG